AUGUUCUGUUCUAUGUUGUUAAUAUCUACAGUGAUUGGAAUUUAUUUUGGGUGUUUUGGAUCUCGCCAGAAAUCAGGAGCCGAGUAUCUGCUUGGUGGCAGGAAUAUGAGUGUUUUGCCUGUAGCAGUAUCUCUAAUAGCAAGAUGUUAUACGUACCGAUUGUGGUUUAUCUACCUGCUCUUGCAUUCAGUCAAGAUUGUCGCUCACCAAGAUCAACUUCUUCCUUACUACGUGAUGGACAUCACCCAACAAAUCCCUGGCCUUCCUGGCUUGUUCGUGGCGGGCGUAUUCAGCGCUGCUCUGAGUACAAUGUCGACGUGCCUGAACUCCAUCGCAGGAACAAUAUUCGAAGACUUCGUUGCUCCUUGUCUUUCUCAGAAAAGAAGGGAAACACAGGCCAGUUUAUUCAUGAAAAUAAUAGUAGUCUUCAUGGGAAUAUUCUGUGUUGUCAUGGUACUACUUGUGGAAAAAUUAGGAGGAGCAGUUCAGGGUGCAUUAACUGGUGGAUUAACAAGUCUAAUUUUUGUAAGCAUAUUGGUUGUGGGUUCACAAACUGCUAUUGCUUCAAAGCAACUUUUGUAUGAGAAAAAGCCUGUUUCUGUCGAUGGCUGCCAUCAUCUCUUCAAUUCAACAAUGGAAAGAAGUAACCAUUUCAAUUAUGUAAAGAAUGUACCAAUAAAGAUUCAAAAGCAGCAAGACAUUUGGAUGCUUUUGCGAUACAUCCCUGAAGAUCAUAAAGAGUUUUAUGACGUAGUUUGGGAACAGGGUACAAAUGAAAACGUGACAGUUGUGGAAGAACAUGACAUGACAGAGAGAAAUAUCUAA